UGUAGAAACUGCGGAAGUGCAAUUUAAAGAGAAAAUGGAUGAUGUGGCCACAUGGAUUCGAGCAACAGCGAUCGCGAGAGGUCUCGCUCGCGUGAUGAUAAGCGAUCGACAAACAGACUACCUACGUCAGCCGCAGCCCGGACCGAAUGGAAAUGCAAAACAAUGGAUGUCGUGAUCGCUGCGCGAUAACCACUUAUCAGUCGACCGCGACUUCACGCUCGUGCCGACCUUCCGCGACCUCGUGGGUUUCGCUCGUCAUUUCGUAUACCUUGUCUCGACACAAAAAGUGGAAUCGUCGGCGAACGAGUGUUCAUGAUCGACAGAUCGGCCAGCGAUUAAGUCUCGCCUCCGUGAAAACAGCUUCUCGGUGGACCUGGUGAACUCGAAUCGAUAGAAAUCCGCUCGUUUUGAUUGACAAUCACCACCAGAAACAUAGAAAUUUUCCUGUAGACGUAAGAGAAUUCAGUGGAAAAGAAACACGCCUGAUCCAGUCACCUCGGAUCUCCAUAAACGUCGCAAGGAUUCCACGAGUGAUUCAGAGCGUUAUCACCGCAUGGAAAAGUGAAAAGGGUCGUCAGAGAAGUGAUCCACGCUAGCAUAAAGUACAUCUCACGUUUUCGAAUGAAAUCACGUUUAAAUCACGUUUCGUCGGCCGAUAAGCCUGGAACUUUUUCGCACGAGCAUGCCCCGAUAUGCAUGCAGGGUCACCUCAUUGACCUCGACAGUGGCGAAACUAAGAUAAACGGGGAUUACCCUAUUUUGAAGUCCUUCUUGGCGGGCUCGUUCUCUGGAACAUUCUCUACGAUCCUCUUCCAACCGCUGGACUUAGUGAAGACCAGACUUCAGAGCAGAGUCAAUGCCCCUGUUGGAUCGCCAAAAAAUGGAAUGCUGGGCACAGUGGCAUACAUCGUUCAGAAAGAGAAUAUCUUUGGACUCUGGAAGGGCAUGACACCAUCGAUAACCAGAGUGAUUCCUGGUGUGGGCUUGUACUUUUCGUCGCUACAUUGGCUAAAGCAUGCUUUCAAUCUGGAAGAACCUCUGACGGCUCUACAGGCCAUCUCCUUGGGCAUUACCGCGCGGUCUAUGUCUGGUGCUUUGCUGAUUCCCAUCACCGUCGUGAAGACACGAUUCGAGAGUGGCGUUUAUAAGUACAAUAGUAUCAGCGAGGCUCUUAAGUUGAUCUACAAGCAGGAAGGAGUCAGAGGUUUAUCGAGCGGUUUGGUACCCACUCUUUUGCGGGAUGCGCCUUAUAGUGGUUUAUAUCUCAUGUUUUACACCCAAUUGAAAAACGCUGCUGCCAGUACAGGAGUGACGAACAAUUCGUCGGCACCGGUUCACUUCGGCUGCGGAAUCUUGGCUGGAAUUUUGGCGUCCAUAGUGACGCAGCCGCCGGAUGUUGUAAAAACGAAGAUGCAGUUAUAUCCGAACGAAUUCAACGAUAUCUAUCACGCGACGUUCUUCAUUUAUAAAAAGUACGGCGCCUUAGGAUAUUUCAAGGGUAUUGUUCCUAGAAUGCUGAGGCGGACUUUGAUGACCACCAUGGCUUGGACCGUGUACGAACAGGUUACGAGGCAAAUUGGUUUGAAGUAAACACGCUGUUGUUGCACGAACUGUUUUAUAUCAGAAGAAGACUGUGAUGUACAGUAUUAGCAUAGACUGUUUAUGUACUAUUAAGCUCAUGUAUUUAUUUAAUAAAUUAUAUAUUUUUGUAAGAUUAUAA